AUGUCCAAGUCAUCUCAUCUGGAGGACCUCGAACGGGAUGGAUUCGUCCUCGUUCCCUCCCUGCUCACCCCCGAACAAAUAACCACCCUCCGUGCAGCGGCCUCCCAAACCAUCACCCUCGCCCGUGCCGGCAACUGGCCCUACGUCCGUACUCUGCCUAAGCAAUUCCCACCCUGGCCCAUCGCGCCCGGUACGAACCCUGCAGCAAGCGGUAUCUGGGGAGUGCAAUUCCUAAUGCACCCCUCGCUCCCCACCUCGGCCACAUUCACCAAAGCCUAUUUCUCGUCAGCCGUCAUCGACAUUGUGAAAGAGUUGCUACAGUGUCAAGAUGAGGAUUUGGUGCUGGAGCUGUUUAAUCUGCUGGUGAGGCCGGAUAGGGACUUUGAGUUGGUGUGGCACCGGGAUGAUAUACCGGCGAGCGCGACAGCGGAGGAGGAGAUGGCUAGGCUGGGGAAGGAGGCGUGGCAUGCGCAGUGGAAUCUGGCGUUGUGGGAUGAUGAGAGUUUGGUUGUUGUACCGGGGUCUCAUGCGAGAGCUCGUACGCAGGUUGAAAGGGACGCGGGGCCGUGGGAAAAGGGACUGCCGGGUGAGAUUAGGGUCAAGAUGAAGGCGGGCGAUGUGGUGUUUUAUAAUAAUAAUAUUCUGCAUCGCGGGGUGUAUGAGAGUGGGACGGAGAGGAUGACGUUGCAUGGCAGUAUGGGACAUGUGGGGGGGAGUACGCUGAGGGCGAGGAAUGUACUGCAGCAUGGCAUUGGGGAGUGGGUGCAGGAGGUUGAUUUGAGUGGACUUGAGGGGGAGGAGAGGGUGAGGGCGGAGGGGAUGAGGGAGCGGUUAAUGAAGAUGGGGACUCAUACGGGGGGUUAUUCGUUGGAGGGCUGA